AUGGCUACCAUGGACAAGGUUCUCGGUGCCUACGCAGAGCGACAGGCUACUCUGGAGGCAUCCUUUGAUCAGAACGAGUUUGCUCGUGGCAUCGCUUGGGUAGAGGGCGAAUACGUGCCUCUGCACCGCGCCCGCAUUCCUCUCCUCGACCAGGGAUUCAUGCACAGCGAUCUCACAUAUGACGUUCCUUCAGUGUGGGAUGGGCGGUUCUUUCGCCUCGACGACCACAUUACGCGGCUGGAGCAGAGCUGCAAAAAGUUGCGUCUGGCGUUGCCGUUGCCCCGGGACGAGGUGAAGGGCAUACUCGUGGAAAUGGUUGCGAAGAGUGGAAUCCGCGACGCUUUUGUUGAGCUUAUCGUGACCCGAGGUCUCAAGGGCGUUCGCGGUUCCAAGCCGGAAGAGAUUAUCAAUAAUCUCUACAUGUUUGUGCAGCCAUAUGUCUGGGUCAUGGAGCCCGAGAUCCAGAGCUCUGGAGGCGGCAGCGCCAUUGUGGCGCGUACUGUCCGCCGAUGCCCUCCGGGCGCCAUGGAUCCCACCGUCAAGAACCUGCAAUGGGGAGACCUGGUCCGGGGCCUGUUUGAGGCGGCGGACCGGGGAGCGACGUACCCUUUUCUUACCGACGGCGACGCCAACCUCACCGAGGGCUCGGGCUUCAACAUUGUCCUGGUCAAGGACGGGAAGCUGUACACGCCUGACCGCGGUGUACUCCAGGGCGUGACCCGAAAGAGCGUAAUUGAUGCUGCUCACGCACUGGGCUUGGAGACCCAUGUCCAGCUGGUGCCGAUUGAGAUGACGUACGAGGCAGAUGAGAUCUUCAUGUGCACAACUGCAGGAGGAAUCAUGCCAAUCACGACGCUGGACGGCAAGCCUGUAAAUGGUGGCAAGAUUGGGCCCAUUACCAAGAAGAUCUGGGACGAGUAUUGGGCCAUGCACUUUAACGACAAGUACAGCUUUGCAAUCACUUACUGA